AUGUCCCACUACGCUUUAUCUGAAUCCCACAGACAAUUGACUGAAGGUCACUUGAAAGAUACCGAUCCAGAAGUUGACCAAAUCAUCAAGGAUGAAAUUGAAAGACAAAAACACUCCAUUGUUUUGAUUGCUUCUGAAAAUUUCACCACCACUGCUGUUUUUGAUGCUUUGGGAACUCCAAUGUGUAACAAAUAUUCCGAAGGUUACCCAGGUGCUAGAUACUACGGUGGUAACGAACACAUUGACAGAAUGGAAAUCUUGUGUCAAGAAAGAGCUUUGAAAGCUUUUGGUUUGACUCCAGAUAAGUGGGGUGUCAAUGUCCAAACUUUGAGUGGUUCUCCAGCUAACUUGCAAGUUUACCAAGCCAUUAUGAAACCACAUGAAAGAUUGAUGGGUUUGGACUUGCCACAUGGUGGUCACUUGUCUCACGGUUACCAAACUGAUUCCAGAAAAAUUUCUGCUGUUUCUACCUAUUUCGAAACUAUGCCAUACAGAGUUGACUUGGAAACUGGUUUGAUUGACUACGAUAUGUUGGAAAAAACCGCUGUUUUGUUCAGACCAAAGGUUUUGGUUGCUGGUACUUCUGCUUACUGUAGAUUGAUUGACUACAAAAGAAUGAGAGAAAUUGCCGACAAAGUUGGUGCUUACCUUGUUGUUGAUAUGGCUCAUAUUUCUGGUUUGAUUGCCGCUGGUGUUAUUCCAUCUCCAUUUGAAUAUGCUGACAUUGUCACCACCACUACCCACAAAUCUUUGAGAGGUCCAAGAGGUGCUAUGAUCUUCUUCAGAAGAGGUGUCAGAUCUGUUAACCCAAAGACUGGUCAAGAAAUCAUGUACGAUUUGGAAAACCCAAUCAACUUCUCUGUUUUCCCAGGUCACCAAGGUGGUCCACACAACCACACCAUUUCUGCUUUGGCCACUGCUUUGAAACAAGCCAACACUCCAGAAUUCAAAGAAUACCAACAACAAGUUUUGAAGAACGCCAAGGCUUUGGAAACCGAAUUCAAAAACAAAGGUUACAAAUUGGUUUCUGAUGGUACUGACUCUCAUAUGGUUUUGGUUUCAUUGAAAGACAAACAAAUCGAUGGUGCUAGAGUUGAAACUGUUUGUGAAAACAUCAACAUUGCUUUGAACAAGAACUCUAUCCCAGGGGACAAGUCUGCUUUGGUCCCAGGUGGUGUUAGAAUUGGUGCUCCAGCCAUGACCACUAGAGGUUUGGGUGAAGAAGAUUUCAAGAAGAUUGUUGGAUACAUUGACUUUGCCGUCAACUACGCCAAGGAAAUCCAAGCUUCUUUGCCAAAAGAUGCUAACAAAUUGAAAGAUUUCAAGAGUGCUAUUGCCAACGGUUCUGAAAAACUCCUGGAAGUUAGAAACGAAAUUUCUCAAUGGGCCGGUUCUUUCCCAUUGGCUGUCUAA